UGCCUAUGCGCCUCCUUCUGAACAAUAUCAUGAAGAUGUCACCAAACUAUACAAGGAUAUACUCGAUGCUUGCAAGCAUUCACAUAACAAGAUCGAGUUCAAAGCAAUCUUCAAUGAAUAUCCGAUUAAAGAUAGAAAAUUGGCUGGAGAAAAACAACCAGGACGACCUACAGAGAAAACUAUCACUGACAAGAUUUGGAAGUCUCUUCAAGAACUUGCACGCUCUAAAGAGAACGUUUUACCAGCUAAAAGAAAAAUCAGUAAAGAACUGGAAAUAGAGUAUGAAAAUGUAUCGGAUUUUUGCCGUCGAUUUCAAGAUAAUAAAAUACCACAGACGUUAAAUGCCGAACACAUUAAAAAUAUUAAAAAUAUUUUUUCAAGCAAGAAGUACGAAAGAAUAACCUUGAUGCUUGAGGAAAAACUCGCUGUGCUUGGGCGAGUUAUGCUGAGAGAAAAAAAAAGAGACCAUUUUGAGACUGGGAUGGUACGUGAACUGAAAAACAAAAUAAACGAAACAAUAACGAAUACAUUCAGAUUCAGACGGAACGAUGAAGAUUUGCCUUUUUCCAUAUGGGACGCUCAUUUCUUUGCUCUGGGAAAGUUUCACGAAGAAAUGGAGAAAGCCCAAAAGAAAUGGGAUGAGAAAAACAACCCAAUUGUUAUACUUGAACAAAGGCAGCAUGAAUACAAAACAUUGAUUAAUCAUCGACUUUUAUAUGUACUUAAUUUGAGUUGGACAAUAAACAAUCAACAAGUACGACUCAAGUACUUUGAGAAAUUGGCCGAGGAAGUUCAAAAUGGAGAAACUGCUAAUGCAAUAUCACCAAAUAGACGACACGUCAUUACCAGUGUUCGUAAAUAUCAAAAUAUCGAGGAAAUUAAAAACUUUGUUAAACAUUAUUUGGCUCAAGUUGGAGGGGUUGAAUAUGAAAUGAGACAAGGUACAAGUGAAAUGACUGAAUCGGACUUAGAUAUGUUACGUGACACCAUGAUGAGGAGUUUAGAAGCUCAAAGGAAUACUGUUAAAUUUAUCCCUGUGCUAUUUCAAAAGCUAUCUGAAGAUGAGGAUGUAAUGAAAAGACUCGGGUGCACGACACACUGUUAUUGGUGUGGAGCUCUAUGCUGGGGAGGACGUGAACAUAAUGAGAAUAUGGACGACACAAGAAGACAUCAUACAUGUCACCAGCCGGGUGGUCUAGGACGAACGCAAGAUAAAAACACAAAGUAUCUGUCCGCAAAGACAUGUCAUAAAAUCCUUGAUGAAACUAUAGUCCAUUUUGUAGAUCAUCCGAAUGGGAUGAAAUGGAGCGAGGCGAAGAGCAAACAUUUUGAUGAUUGGAUUUUUGCUACCCAUGCCGAAACUCAAUUCAAUAAUCUAAUGUGCUGGUUCUUUGAAAAGUUGCACAAGAAAUUAGCAAAAGUGUAUAGUGAUUGUGAGCCGGCAUUGCAAGAAAAUUUGCAGGAAAAUAAUUGCAUGAAUUUAGAUUAUCAAGAAAUUAUGUCCAAGAUCAAGUUAGAUCUCGGUCAAUUAUAA